AUGGAGCGCAUCCGCUACCACGUCCCGGAGGACGGCGACGACGCGGCGCACCCCAACGUCUUCGAGCUCGUGAGCGAGGGCGCGGUGCGCGUCGGCGACGUGCGGCGCCACUUCCCGCUGCCGGGCCGCUUCCACCUCCGGUUCCGGCGGCGCGUCGCGGGCCUCGAGGUCUGGGCGGACGCGGCCGACGACGCGGCGCCGGCGCCGCGCCUGGCGGGGCGCAUCCUCGUCAAGGCGAGCCGCCUCGCGGGCGACGCGGCGCGCGCGCCGGCGCGGCCGCCGCCGUCGCCGCGGCGCGCGUCGGCGCCGCCGCCAGCGCGGCCGCCGCCGCCGCCGCCGCCGCCGCCGCGGGAGACGAACCUGCUGGGCCUCGGCGAGGCGUCGCCGCCGGCGCCGCGCGCGGAGCCGAACCUGCUCGGGUCGCCGCCGAUCUCGCGGUCGGAGCCCAACCUGCUGGGCCUCGACGCGCCGGCCGCGGACUCGCUGAACAUGUUCGCCGGCCUCGACGCGACGGCGCCAGCGCCGGCGCCGGCGCCGAUGCAACCGAACAACGCGCCGGACCCGUUCGCGGCGCCGCCGCCGCCACGCCGGUCGAGCGCGCCGCCCCCGAAGGGGACCUUCGACGCCUUCUCGGACUUCAAGCUAUGACCUAACUUGUGUUUACUAGUA